AUGGAUCCAGCGGUUCUGAAUGUCCAGGAGACCGGUGAAGGUGAGAAACUGGAGAUCAGUGAAACUGAACGUACUGAAGAGGGAGAGAACCUUACAUUGCAGAGAGCUGAGGAACUGGAACGCCAAUGGCCCUCUCACGACCUUGAGGAACAGAAGAACCUGUCCUCUAGUGUGACUGCUCCUGUACAGGCCCCUGGUACUCCUGGUCCAGAGCACCUGCAGAACAUUCGUCUUGCUCGCCACUCUACUACCAGCGAGAACACUGUGGAGCCACCCAACACGGAUGAACCUGACCAUAACGACCACCAACCUUCAGACAGCCUUAUAAUAGAGUCCCCUGGGGGAAAUGAACAGGCCGCAGCUAUAAUGCAGACCAUAGACGAGUCUAACAACCAAUACCUCCAACCUCCAGACAGUCUUAUAGUACAGAAUCUUAGUGAUGAAAAACUGCCUGUUUUGCAGAUUUUAGGUGAGGCUGCAGAGGAUCCAGUCCUAUCCCAGGGGAAGGAGCUGUCACCUGGGGACCUGGUGCCUGUAGACUCCAUCCUCCAGCCUGGAGACCCAGUCCCAGCCCUGGGGAAACUCCGUGUGGUCAUCAGGAUGAAGAGCAACGACAGCCAGGUCCACAUGGAGGUCACCUCCUGCUGUCUAUCUCCCUCUGCCCAGCUCUACCUCCCCAACUCCACUUGCUGCAUGGUCUCCAGAGCUCCGGUGUGUACCCGUCUGCUUCCCUCUGCUGUCUCCACCUCCACCAGCUUCUCCAUCAGCCUGUUCCAGCUCGUCCACUACUCUGUGACCUACCUGCACUGUGACCUCCUCGUGUGCCCCAGGAACUGCAGCGACUGUGAGAGGAACUGCAUCCAGCAAAGAGAUCCCUCCUCAUCCUCAUUGGGUCCAGAAGCUAUCUCGACCAAUCGGAGGAACCAUAUCUCCUUCGGUCCCAUGAUGAAAGGAGCACAGAACUCGACCUUCGCUCAGGAGAUGGAGCCAGUGGAUCUGCAGUUAGUUCUGGUGGUGGUGGGCCUGGUGGUGGCUGGUUCUCUGGUGACCCUGACCCUGCUGUUGGUGUGGCUGGCCCACAAGCAGAGGAGGCAGAGGCUGGUGGACCCAGAAACCGGGCCUCGCUGUGGAUGCCUCCGCACUGCAGACCUACUGUGACCAAUCAGCACACACCCCAUAAUCCUUCCCGUCAGCCAUUUUUGUCACACGCUCAGAAUGAGAACAACCAAUCAUGUUACCCCGCAAAAUGAGAACGGCCAAUCAUAUGAGCCGGUAGAGAAGAGAGCAACCAAUCCAGCCAUUUGGUGGGUGAACCAGGAAGAGCUUGCAUUGUGUCAGAGCUGCCAGACAAGAUCAGAAGUAACCUAAUCACUCCUCGCUCAGUCGUGACACAGCUGCCCGUGUAUGAUUUCACACCUGCACACAGAUGCUCACAUCUCCAUGGAAACAUGCAGACAAACACAGCAGAAACUAAAGCUGAACACCCGGGGCUGUCUCUCUUUACUUAACUUAAUAUAUGGCAACCGUUUGAAUUCACUUACACUGACAGAUUGCAAAUUGGGAGGCAUUGUAAGAUUGUUUUUUACAGAAUACGCUUCUUGUGCCACUAUGCCACAAAACCCAUUAAAACAUGCCUCGGACGAAGUCUAAUCUCUAAAGAAGACAAUUGCCUGGGAUUAAGGUUAAUCCUGCAGCAGGACUUCUUUAAAACACAGUCUGACGCCUCACUGGCGCUCCAUUCAGUUCUCUAGAUUCAUGCCAGCUUUAUGAUCUCUGGAUUUUAAAUGUUUGAGAAAACCCUGUCAUCCUCUCAGUGAUGCUGGUGGCUUUAUCUAAUUGAAAACCGUACUUGUUUGUUUUUAAUUUCAUAAUUAUAUCCGGGCCAUUUGCUUCUAUACAAAUGGCUGUUGCAUUUUAAAUCAGCAGCCCUCUUAAUCACUUUGGUUACUUCUUUUCUAUGAACAUCUUCGGAGCACUUACUGUAAUAUCAUGCUCCAUUUUACACAAAGCCGCAAUCAUUUGUUCCCUGCAUAA